AUGGCAGCAGUGCAGUACAUCUUGCCUGUUACUCUCCCGAACGAGCUGGUCCUUUUGACCCUCGAGUACUCUCUUGUCUUCGAGACACCCACCAAGCUUUGCAAGCAGGCCCAGAUCACGCCAGAGAGCGCCAAAGACAUCUUGACCUUCCGCACCGUCAGCCGCACCUUUGAAAAGCUCGCCGACAACCUUCUGCCAAAGGUACUACAGCAAAAGCGCGUGCAGAUGACCGCCGCCGAUCUCGACAUGUUGGACCGCUUCACGCGCCGUGAAGCUGUAAGUAACCGCAUGAGCGCCCUGUGCAUAUCCACCGCAUUGCUGGUCGAUUUGCCCCAGGACUACGACAUCUCCAACCUCCAAGAGCAAGCAACGAAGCAGUGGAGUUACUACCCUUCCGCGACAGAGGCUCUUACAACCAUCGCUUCACGCCUUGUCAACCUCAAAGACGUGGCCAUUGAGGGUGACCAGAAGCGCCUUAUCGGAGAACACUGCAAGCAUGGCUACGCUGAGCUGGUCGAGCAUAUGGGACCGCAGGCCAACUACGCUGUAAUGAAAGCCCUCAGCGACACCGGCAGAGCGCCUGCAAAGAUGGAGAUCUCCAGGUGGCCUUUGUUCGCACAAGGCUUCUCAGAGCUCGGGAACGAGGCCCGAUUCACUUUCCCCAGCAUCAUGCAGCUGGAAAUCUCAUUCAUCGACACUGGCAGGGCCACAUCUAGCGAGGAGGAAGACUUGUACGACCACGCCAGGAAUAUACAAUUGCUCUACGACAUCUUCCCCAACCUCGCCGACCUGCGCGUCAACAUGAUCCCCGCCGACGGGCGCACCUAUUCGCUCUUCAAGAACCCUCAACGCCUCCCGUGGUUUUUGUGGCCGUCUAUCACCUCCCUCACGCGGCUCGAGCUGGCCAUGAACCAAUGCACUCAGUACUUCGCCAUGGCCUACCGCAACAAGUCCUCUCUCCGCCACCUUGCCCUCUACAACACCGAAGAUCGGCACACCAGCGCUGACGGCAUAAUUCAGUAUAUCUCCACGAGGCUGCUCUACCAUGGCCAACUCGAGACGCUCUACCUGCAGUUUCCCACACAAUCAUUCACCAACGAGGACCUUCGCCAUAUUCCGAUGCCUCUGAUCGUCUGGGGCUACCCACCAACUCCUUUCACCAAGCGUAUUUACAUCCGCCAACUUCCUCUUGGGUACGAAGACUCUCCCGAAGAUGCUCACAGUAGUUUGGGCGGGGGUGUCGAAGGCUGGGGCGGAGUCUUCCCUGGAGACUUCGAGAUGUGGCUGGGAGAAAGAGACGAUCUGAGACUGAAGAAGGUCUGGGCACCCAUGAUGCUACCGACACCUAGUUCCAACUAG